CCCAACCACGGGUAGUGCCCAUCUUCGGGCCCAAGACCGGCUGAAAAACCGAUGGCGAAGAGCUCCUCGUCGGCCUGGCCGGACCUCUCCGCCAGCACGGUGCCUCAGCUCUCUGCCCACGUGCACCGCCUAUCGCCGCCGCAGCGGGCGGCCGUGAGCGCCCAGACCGUGCACUUCCGAGCGCUUCGGGCAGAGGAUAUCGAAGAGAUGAUGGCCUUGCAUGAAGAGUGGUUCCCACUUUCUUACGACCAGGAUUUCUACGAGAAAUCUGUGGGCGGAGAGUUCUUUUCCUUGGUGGCCACCUGGAAAACAGACCAAAAAAGAUCCGAGGAGAACAUCUUGGGCAUGAUCACCAUCAGUACUGGCUGCGAACAUCAUUGGGAUGCAAUCGGACAUGUCUUAGGUGUCGAGUGCGAGACCGCAUGCCAGAGCGCGGAGGAGCUUUCCCCCCGUGCUUCGUGUCCGCCUACGAAGCACGGAGUGUUGGCUUACAUCCUCACCCUGGGCGUGGCUGAGCACUUCCGGCGCCGGGGACUGGCGCAGGAGCUGUUGCGGCGCUCCGUGGAGCAUGUGCAGGAGCAGCUCCUGGAGGUCCAGGCGAUCUUUCUCCAUGUGGCAACCUACAACAAAGCAGCAGUUCAACUCUAUGAGUCGUUGAACUUCUUUCGGCUGGAGCAUUUUCCGGCCUUCUACCAGAUCCAUGGGAAGUACUAUGACUCCUACCUUUAUGUCCUCUAUUUGCAUGAGAAGCCGCCCUGGAGAGUCCGACUUCGCCGUUGGGUGGACUCGUGGAGCCGCGGAACGCAUUGGAGGAGCCCGUGCCCCAGCUGUGCAUUUCCAGCCAUCGAGGAGCAGGAUGGUGAAUCGCCGACCUAAGCAGGAUGGCCUUCGACCUUUAGGGCUUGGCUUGUGAUGCCACCUUCAGAAGGCAAAGCGGUAGACUUCAGAAGGCAAAGCUUGAAACCGCUGAGAAGGGCAAGAACAUCCAUGCCUGACCUUGGAACAGCCGGGGCUUCGUGUGAAUCAUAGUAUGAUCGAUAUAUACUAUACGGCCUUCACUGCGCUGUUAGCGCAUUGUUGCGCAGGCCGGGAGCACCAGACGCUCUCUCCAGGAAUCAGUGGCAGCUCACGUUAGUUGGCAUGGACGAGCCCUUGAAGGAGUCCGGAAGCCACAUGGAUCCACCUUUUGAACGGCAGAGAGAAGUUUUCAGCGAUGGUGAAACGACUCGUGGACCAUGGGACCAUAUGGGGACGAUGGGAGGGGCCUCCCUUUGUUGAAACAAGUCGGACUGUGAAUGUAGCAAAGGCUCGUGGAUCAUGAAAGAGGCUCGCGUGAUCACAUGCUUGUUUUCUCCCAAGAAUCGCUUCUUGUCCUCCAUUUGUGACGCUGUGUUUGCAAUUCAACGGGCAACAAACCCCUUGUGGCCUUGUGGCUUCAAAUCCAAAUCAGAAGUGCAUCAGAGUUUGCCACAACUGUUGCCAUCCUGGCUUUGUGUGAUGAAGCGAUGCUGACUUCAUGGCUUGUGCAAGCUGAGCUCACAGCUUGCUCACCAAGCCGAAGGUCGCAGCGACCACGCCGAACAAGCGCAGAAAACGGA